GUUAUUGAUUUGACAAAUCUAGGUAAGUAUUGGUGUUUAAACUAGUAGCAUGUCUUACUUUUUUUGUAUAUCAUCUUCGUCAUUGUCAAUGCAUAUCUCUUUCAGAUUACCGGGUAGGAUUUCACUGUUUUCUUAGUAUUUGCUCAAGAACAUGGGCCAGUUCCUAGGAUACAAUGCAACAUGGUUUUGGGAAAGGGUACUAGAGGGAGAACGGCCUAUUCCCCCGUAUUUAAAUGAGCUAAUUCUUUAGCAAAUCUUAAUUAUCUCACAGCAUAACAAUGUGUCAAUGUCAUAGAGAUUCGAUUGUACAAUGGUAAUGCAUUUGACGUUUGAAAGAUUCAAAAGAGAAGACAGACUCAGAAUAAAUCCCAUGAUCCGAUGAUGUGGCCUCCAGAUCCGGGAAUACGAAACAUGCCAUCUUUCCUGCAAAACAUGACUUGGGAAGAGAAGAAGCAAGGGUUUUCGAUUCUGAUGUUGGUCCACCCCUCAAGAGUUACAUUUAGCAGGUCUGAUAAAACUCAGUUGCGGUCCCACGUUGAGGACAUGACCACGUUGGUGACAAUCUGAGUUUGGCAAUGAGGCAAAGUUACAAAAGGAGGCAACGAAAAGUGUUUCGGUUGUUCUCCUGUCUCCCAUUUACGAUCAAUGAAAUGCACAAUUCCGUCGCCGUUGUAAGUAGCCCAUAAGUGCUGUGCGGCGACCAUUAAAAACAUUCCUCUUAAUUAUCACGACUCCACAACCGUUGGUGGAAAAAGGAGGAAAUCGCAGUAAGGAAGAUGAAAAAACCAUUAGAGAGAAAAAGAGAGGAUCUCAUCGAGGCAGGUUUGUCUAGGCACAACAUCGAAGGCUAUCCACACUUGUUCCUUGCCACAGAAACCACAAACAUAAAUUGCUUUCUGCAUAAAUUGUAAUCUCUUAUUACAUUACAGAGAUCAUCACCAUGGCUUUUGUGCUCCAGCGGCUCUAUCACCAUGACGAAUUCCAUAUUUUGAUGAUAUUGAUCAGAGUGCACAAUGGUAAGCUGGAAACUCGUUUCCCUUGUGUUGUUCAAACAAUAAGUUUAGUUCGCAGUCAAUACAACAAUGUGUGCUAAUAGCCACUGCAUAUAGGUAACCACACAAAUAAAGCUGCUAAUUGGAUAAACCUGAAGAAAAAAAGGCAAAUUCACUUCUUCUCAGUUCUCAAUCGAAAAAAAAGGAAACACCGACACAGGGACUAAAUCGUAAUUAUAAGGUUAGCUUAAUCCAUAUGAACGAAAAGGAAAUCAAACAACGUAACGGCUAUAAUUAGUUACUAAUCACAGUAAUUAAACUACUAAACUCAAAGAAAAAAAGGAAACCCGAAAUUUAAGUGUAAGCACUUAGCAGAGAGCGUAAGUAUUAUUUAAGGCAAUAGAGACUCUCUCAUUCUCACUUUCUCUCAGUUUUCCUCUCUCUCUAAUUUCCUUGUGCCUCACGUUUUUGCUCUCAGAAAAACUUGAGUUUUCGGUUCUAUCAAAAAUUCACAAUGAGUAGUCUGUAUCACGAUGAGGUUCAUCUCACGGCUUCAGGGAAAGAGCUGUGGUCGAAUUUCUACGCACUGGUUGAUGCGGCGGUUAUGUUAUAUGAAGAAGAACAACGUCGUAAGACUGUCUCUGAAGAAGAAGCAGAAAGCCAGAAGAGAAUCUUUUGUCUCUUCCCGAGAAAAAUAAGAUCGUCUUUGGUGAAGAGACAACAAAACCUUAAUGGGUUUUUUACUUCAACUUCUACAUCGCUUAUCGAUCUUAACCAGUUCCCUACUGAUUCUGAGACAGAACAAAACCAUCUUCAGUUGCUAUCUUCUUCAUGUUUCAUCCCCGCUGAUUCCGAGACGAAAACACUACAAAACCCUAGUUCUGAAUCUUGUUCUUCACUCGUACUCUUUGAUUACAAGAUGGCUGAGUCCGAGAAGACAGAGACGAAAGACCCACUAAACCCUAAUUUUCCAUGUUCUCUGUCUUUGGGCCUAUCGGAGAACACAAGCCGCAAGAGACGUGCCGUAAAAGAGAGGAAGCGUACUGGUGGAUUCAAGAAAGCAAAGGUUGCUCCUUUUCCACGGACAGCGAGAGAGACGCCUGAGUGGCUUGUCAAGGUGAUGAGUGACAUGAAAGAAGCUAAAGACGCUAAACUGAUCUUUGAGAAGACUCUGUUCGUGACUGAUGUAAACCCAACACAGAACCGUCUCUCAAUGCCUUUCAACAACUUACUCCGCAACGAUUUCUUGACGUCUGUGGAGUCCAGAAUCAUAGACAAAGACAUCAACAACGAUAAGAAGAUUGGAGUGGGAGCGAUUCUCGUGGAUCAACGGUCUGAGAAGUGGGGUGUGAUGUUGAAGAGAUGGGAGAUGAAGAAGGAAUCAGGUAAAGGAAGCUGGAAUUACAAUUUGAUUUGUGGGUGGAACGAUAUCGUUGAGGCUAACGGAUUGAAAGAUGGCGACAACAUUAGUCUUUGGUCGUUUAGGUGUUGUGGAAUCCUCUGCUUUGCCAUGGAACAGAGUAGCUCUUCCCUUGCUCUCUGUCUCUGCUAAGUUUCUUGUGUCUAUUGAGACUAUAACUUGGUUGAUCAACUCGCAUAGUGAUCUAAUUUCAGGCGAUUCUGGAGAUUUUUUGUCUAGAGUUUGAUUAAGAAAAUUAGGGUUUAAAUUAGGGUUUCUCUAUAUUAUUAAUUAGUAACUUGUUUCUUCUCUUGUUUCAGAUCAUUAUAAUCGUAUCUACU